GCGCAGGCAACAAUUCCGGCAGACACACGUCUUGACAAAUUGACUUACACCUACUUUGUGCUCAUAUAUAUCGACGCAGAUGGCAUAGUUCGUCUACAAGUCUCAGAGUCAAUCGCAAAUAAUUGGCCAGCGGUACAAUCCGUUAGGUUGAUUGAUGAAUUUCUGAGAGCCGUGGCUCAGGCACCCUGCACUGGGACGAAUCUUGGGAUUAAGGGCCGAAAUCCGGUCGCAGUAGCCACUUCCUUUCAGCGUACAGUGUGGCCUAUCUACAACCAGUCUAAAUUCCGCUUGCCUACUGAACUUCCCUCACUUAACUUGAAGGAUGAUUGCAACAAUAAUUUUAAUAUGAAUAACGACAAGAGAGCCGUGAUAUCCGUCAACAACCGAGAUCACUUGACCUUGUAUUAUACAGAGGCCUUCGAGAGUCUACAACAGACAAAUUGCCGAAUCCUUGCGAAAGCCUAUAUCAAGCUUGUGGAGCCUCGCAAGCAGGUGAACUAUCCAUACAAUGGACGAAAGAUUGUUUCAGGGACUACAAGGCAGUGUGAUCCCCAGGUACUAAACCACCGUGAACGCAUCCGACUUCUGGUUCAUAUUCUUCGCGAGCUGCGCAUCAGCCACGGGAUUUCCGUCGCAAAACUUCAAGAAGCUGAUCAGCCAAUCCGCUCUCAGAUUUUUCCACCCGAGCGAUUACAGAUCCUGGAUGAGCUGUACCAAGUCAGGCAACAAGAAGAGCAGAUCUUAAUGGGAACAAACGGUAGGCGUUCCCACAGAAGGCUUGGUCGUUACGAGGCUUAUAUCCCUUUCCUGUAG